AUGGAGGAUCUAGAAGUACACACUGUACGUGUGAUUAUUGAAGGGUCUGAACACCCACCUGAACCAGAGCGUCCCUUCACUAGGCUGAGAAAGAAGAUAACAGUUGGUACAAGUAGUAUGCAAGAAGAAGAUCUUAAUCAAGUAUUACAAGAAAGGGCACAAGAAAGGGCAAAAUCCUUCGCCCAAGCAGUUGGGUUUGAAACUCCUCCUAGGAGGAAUAAUGAUUCCAUUGAGGAAGAAGAUGACAACCUUAUUUUUACAUCAAACAAAGAUCCAGUGUUUGCAAGAUUAAAGAAGCAAUUAGAUCAACGAGAGAAAGAUCACAUAUCUAUGAUGCAGACUGUCCAGAAUAUGCUCCAUGAUAAUUCAAGGGUUCAUAGGCAAGCACCAUCCGUACAAGUUAUCCAAGAAGAAGAAGGUGAUGAAGAAGAAGUUCUUGGGUUGCAUGAACAAGCUGGAACAUCGGCAGUGCCAGAGCCAAUGAUUUCUCGAGAAGAAAUACAAAAGAUAGUUGUAGCACAAUUAAAACAAGCUAAGGGUGCUACACUAAAAAGUGAUGGUGACAAGCCCUACUCAAGCUUUCAUGAUCAAGUGGCUUAUCCUAAGGGGUACAAUGUUCCCAAGUUCAAGCAGUUUAAUGGCUUAGGGAAUCCUGAUCAACAUUUAGCUCAUUUCAUAACAGCAUGUGGGGACAUAAGCAACAACCCAUCUUUGUUGUUAAGACAAUUUGCUGCUAGUUUAACUGGUGUGGCUUUUGAAUGGUAUACAAACCUACAACUUGAAUCCAUUCAGACAUGGCAACAGAUGAAGGAAUCCUUUAGGGCCCGAUUUGGCAGAGUUACUGAUAAAAUCACUAUAGCUGAUUUGGCUAACACAAUGCAGAACAAGGAUGAGAAGGUCAUAGAUUAUGUGAUGAGAUGA